AGUUAGUCGCUCGUGUGUGGUGGGUCGGAAAAACAUCGCUAGCUGUGAGAAGUUCUUUUUCACAAUUGUCUCCGAAAAGUCGGAGGUCGGCAAUAAAAAAAGUGGAAGAGCAUUGGCACCGAUAGCCUAUUGACUGUUCUAAGAAAGUGAAAGUUAAUAACGAAAAAAGCAAUGCAAAUUAUAUAAAAUCAUACGACAAAAGCUUGCACAUAUCAAUUAAAGCAUAUGAAUGUAUUUAAAGAGUGCGAAACAAUAAAUGUUCGCAACCAUGUGAACAGAGAACGAGUGCGAGAAAGAGAGAACUCAAUCAGACAUAUGUAUAAUUCAAUAAUUAAAAAGAAUAAACGACAAAUUCAAAGCGACGAGAGACAAGAGCAAACUGCAAAUAACAAACAAGUUAACAAUUAAAUUAAAAUGGUUUCCACAUGUGCUGCUACAAUCGAACGGUACUUUAAUUACUUGUGCUGAUAACUUUCGGUGCGGCUUGAAAGACGAGUGAGGGAGAGAGAGAGUGAGUGAGAGAGGGAGAGGAGAAGAAGAACCGGCCAUCAGACUGGAGGCGUCACUCACACUUAAGCGCAUUUUUGCACGCAAAAUUGCCUACAAAAAGAAAUCGAAAUCUAUUUUAGCGGCCAUGCGAACUAAACAUUUGAUACUAAUAUUAAUCGGUGUGAUAAUCGCAACGAUCGUAUUCAUCGCAUUCGGACCCGCCGGCGAACCGAACGAUUCCUUCAAGCACAUUGUGGUGCAGACGCAUCAACAGUUGAAAGAAUUUCAGGAGAAUUUACGCGUGGGCCACGAACGCAAGAAGCUCGAGUUAGAGCCCAAAUAUCUGCUGCUCUUGGGCUACACAUCGCCACUGGGCAAUGAUGACAGCCAUCUGUCGCCACAUGCAGCACAACACACAAUCAAGCCGGCGCUCGACGAGAGAACGGCGCUGGAGCACGACGAUGGCCUGGCGAUAGCAGCACCCGAUCUGCAGCAGCUGGAACAGCAGAGAAAUCCACGCAAACGCGUCACGACACCGUACAGCGGCAUUAAGUCGAACUUCACCAUCGUGACGUAUGUGCAGGAGGGUCAGGCAGCCUCGGCCAUACUGUUGGCCCAGAAUAUUGCAGCCAAGCUGCCGGGCGAAUAUUUGCUCAUCUACGAUCUGGGCGUAUCCGAGGAGCAGUUGCGUUCAUUGAACGCUUACUGCAAUAGCAGUCGCUGCACUGUGAUCACCUACGAUCUGACGGAGUUUCCGUCGUUUGUCAACGAUCAGCGAACGCACGCGUAUCGCCCGAUUGUGAUCAAGGAUGCACUGCGACGGGCCAGAUCGGUGCUGUUCACCGAAAACUAUAUGCGCAUCCGCGGUGGCUAUCGGGAGCUGCAAACGCUGCAGCGACGUGCCAAUGUCUCCGGCGUCCUUGGCUGGAAUACACCGACAGCGGUCUCGUCGCGAACGCAUCCAAAGAUGUUCGAUUACUUUGAAUCGGAUGCGGAGAACUUCAUAUUCCUGCGUAUGGUUGAUCUCGAUGCGGUCUUCUUUAUGGACAGCACGUUUGUCACCGACAAGAUCAUGUUGCCAUGGCUAAAGUGUUCCCUAACACUGGAAUGCAUCGAUCCAAUUGGUGCCCAAUCGAAUGGAUGUAAAUUUAAUAAGAAACCGCUUUAUCGCUACUCUGGCUGCCAUGGCUAUGAUGCAUCAGCUUUCAAUAUUGUGCUGGGAUUAACGCUCCGCCUGGACGACUCCAAGUACUCGCUGCCCAGCAAUUCGCCGGAGAAUAUGUUCUACAAGGAGACGCUGGAGCAGGCGACUAAGAUAUUGGAGAAUCGUCGAAGGAAUGCCAGCGAAACAUCGGAUCAUCCAUUCACGGAGGACUAAGGGAAUGAUGCAUCGUUCGAUCUUUUUCCAUAUUGGUUAAAACACACACUCAGGAGCCGCUGGAUCAAAGCAAGCAAAUAUUGCUAAAAA